AAAUAAAUACUCAGCGCUAUUCCAUUUAUUCUAGAAAAUUCGUUCGCAUUCGAUCAAGCUUUCUCUCUGCAGUCAUGGAGUUUUGGGGUGUUGAGGUAAAAAGUGGGAAAUCACUCAAGGUUGUUCCAGAAGAAAGCAGGAUUAUCCAUCUUUCAUCGGCAUGUCUAGGGGAGGUCAGUAAGGAUAAAGGGAAUGAACCAGUAUCCCUCUAUGUGAAGUUUGAUGAUAAGAAGGUUCAACUUGGAACACUUUCUUCAGAAAAAUUUCCACAGACAUCUUAUGAUUUGGUGUUCGAGAAGGAUUUUGAGCUAUCCCAUAACUGGAAAUACGGAAGUGUCUUCUUUACUGGAUAUAAAUUUGCAUCUGAGAACGUGUCUGAUGAUGAGGAUGAAGAUUCUGAUGAUUUUCAAGAGGGAGCUAUUCCAAUUAUUGCUCCUGCCAAUGGGAAACCUGAGUUUGAGGUGAAGAGUGGUGCCAAAUCCCUUGUUAAUGGAGCUAAACCAAAGAAAACAUCAGAUGAAGACGAAUCAUCUGAAUCUGACUCUGACUCCGAUGAUGAUUCUGGUGAAGAGAAGCCCACGACCAAUGGACAUAUUGGAAUUAGUGAAGAUGAUGAUGACAGCGAUGAGGAUGAUGAUGAUAGCGAUGAGGAUGAUGAUUCUGAUGAUUCUGAUGAGGAGACACUGGCUAAGGCUGAAGGGAGCAGUAAGAGAAAUCAUGAAUCUUCAAAGAAAACUCCUGUACCUGUGAAGAAGGCAAAGUUUGUUGGUACUCCUGAGAAGACUGGUGGCCAUAGUGGUGGUGUCCAUGUUGAUACUCCUUACCCUAAGCAGGCUCUAAAAUCAGCUGCAAAUAACAAGCAGCAGACACCAAAGUCAAAUGGGGAUUACAGCUGCAAACCUUGUAACAGGUCAUUUAAGACUGAAGAUGCCUUAGGUUCUCAUAACAAGGCCAAGCACAGUGCCAAGUGAGCAUCUUGUUGAUUUAGGAAAUCUGGCCGAUGUUCUUUAUGUUAAGAGUAGAGUAUUAUUCAAUCUGGAUUAUCAACUUGAGAUUGAAUCCUGACUUUGAUUUUAUGGUCACAGUUUACAUAUUUAGUUACUGGUUAUUUGGAUCCAAUGUGGUUGGGAGUUUAAGACAUAUUACAAUGGAUUUGUUUGAUCUUCACUUGAUUUUUAAGAAUAUCAUAAUACAGUUUCAAUCAAA